AAUGUGGAUAGAACACAUUGAAUCAAUUUUGGCCAUAAGAGUUAGUACUGUUAGUUUUGAUAGCCAACAAGGGCUGGUAUAUCAUUACUCCCUGUUUUACCCCAACAGAAUAUUACUACAAUAUUCCAAUCAGUUUCAGGAUAUGUCCCCUCCAAGACUCGAGAGUAUUGCACUGACACUACCUUACUGAGCAGGUAGAAAUGAUUAUAAAGGGCAUGCUCAGACGAUAUGAAAGAUGGAAUCCAGUGCAUCCUACAUAUGGAGCCUUCUGGGGCAUGGGAAUAGGUAUUGGCUGUGGGGUCGGAUGGGGCCCUGGAUUUGGUCCUGAGGCUAUUGGUUAUGUUGGAUCUGGUUGUGGUGUUGGGUUCAGCGUCGGCUUCUCUCUGCUUGGCAUUGGCAUUGGCCUCCCUGCCAACUACAUCUACACAGUUCCUUACAACACCUUCACAGCUACCAGAAAUGGUGCUAUAGAGAUGGCUCGAUCCACUGAUAUACAAAGCAUGAGAAACAUUGUAGAAGACAAUUGGUGUUACCUUGAUUCAAGUAUUUCUGGGCUGCAAGAAAGGGUGAUUCAGACUUUUUCAACCUUAAGGGGCAAAGAAUCGUUAGGGAAGGCGGUAGAUUUGUCCGAAAAGUCGUCCAAAAUGUCCUUUCCUGAUCAAUGCAUGGAUCGUCUAAAACAAGGCAUCAAUGGCUUAUUUCGUCCUUUAAAAGGUUCAAAGGAUUAGCAGCAUGAAGGGAAGCACAAUGUUUUUCCAGCCCAGAAGUGUCAAUGUACACAUUAUAGUAUUGGCCUUUAUUUUUUACCUCACAGCAUUCUGUUGGCUUACAUAAACAACUAUUAUGGAAAUCCACCCCCACCCUUUGUUUUUUUUCUUUGCUAAUUUCUUUUUGUUCCUCUUCUGGGGAUGGUGGGUGAGCUUGUGAUAGUAGGGAGAGUAGGUAGAAGAGAGAGGAGUAGUUGAAAUUAUUAGGCUGCUGCUAUAUGUGUAAACAUAUUCUGAUUUCUUUUAUGUUGGAAAACAUUGUUCAAAUGAAAGUGAAAAAGAAUCUGUCUUUUUUUUU